GAAGAAGCUUCUUUUCUUCAUCCUAGAUUCACACGUACAUCGGCACUUUCCCGGGGAUUUUGAAGUCACAUAUUUGGAAAUAGCAAAAUGAUCGAUCCCUGACAACCAAUCAGUAAAGGUCAAGGACGUUUCAGGUAAAAAUGAAGUUAGCGGAAAUAUAUAAUGUUUUUUAUAAAUUGAGUACUUAUAUCGACAUUAUGGCACGUAAAACUAUUUAAUUAGUAUCAAUGAAGUUCCGGGGAACUGGAAUUUAUAAAAGCCAAUCGCUUUGAUGCUCGGAAUACUUAGAAAUAACCCCACAAAGAUUUGACGUCAACAACUCUGAACCAGGAAAAGUUUUCAACUUGAUAUUUUGUGGAAAACUCCGAAAGUGCAAUCAUGUCGUCGAACGAUUCGCUACACUCGCAACACAACAUUCAAGACAUCCAAAGGAUAUUGGAGAGGGGGCUUGUUGUUACUAAAUUUUUCCCGAAGAAAAAACCGGAGAGGAGAACUGGCCAAGUGAAAUUGGAAACCCGACAAUUGAUGUUUGUCAAGGUGCAAGGCCGUCCAGAAGGAAUAGUUGAUCUUCGUGAGGUGAAAGAAAUACGCCAAGGGAAAAAAUCCAAAGAUUUUGAGAAGAUGCCAGAGGAAUCGCACAAGUUCGAACAAAGUCUAUGCUUCGUGAUUUUGUUUGGCAAUGAAUUUAGGCUCAAAACUCUCUCUUUAGUCGCUACAAAUAUUGACGAGUUUCAUGUAUGGACUCGCGGUCUGCAGUACUUAGUCUCACAAACCAUCCAAGCCCCUUAUCCUCUAUUAGUUGAAAGAUGGUUACGCAAAGAGUUCUACGGAAUGUCCAAUAGCAGCAAGGUCACGCUCAAAGACAUCAAACCAUGGCUACCAAAAAUCAACCAUAAAAUACCAAAUAAGGAAAUCAAAGAUAAGUACCAGGCCAUUGAGGGUGGCAAUCGUGGGGAGCUGGAAUUUGAACAAUUUAAACAAUUCUACCACAGUCUCAUACACGUAUCUUCUAUAUUCAGUGACCACUGUGAACAGUAUUCAAAAGACAGAAAGAGAAUUACAGCAGAGGAAUUUCAACAGUUUCUCAAACUCGAACAAAAGGAUGCCCUUGGGGACAACAUAGAGAGUGUUAAAAAAUUGAUGGCAUCCUACCUGGAAGACCCCAAUCCAAUGAGACAAGUCGCUGGCCAGUAUUUUACAGAUAAAGAGUUUGUUGACUUCCUGUUCUCGAAACACAAUACUAUCCUGGAUGAAAAAGAGGCUAAAGUCUGGAUGGAUAUGACGCAGCCGAUGUCCGAUUAUUGGAUAGCUUCUUCUCACAAUACAUACCUCACAGGUGAUCAGUUCUCAAGUGAGUCCUCCCUAGAAGCUUAUGCAAGGUGUCUCCGCAUGGGCUGCAGGUGUCUUGAAUUGGACUGCUGGGAUGGACCUGACAAUAUGCCUCAUAUAUACCAUGGUCAUACACUCACGUCAAAGAUCAAAUUUGAAAGUGUCCUAAAAACCAUCAGAGAUCACGCAUGGGUCACUUCAGAAUAUCCUCUUGUCCUGUCCAUUGAAAACCACUGUGGUCUUUUACAACAGAGAAACAUGGCUCAAGCUUUCAAAGAAAUAUUUGGAGAUAUGCUAGUCACUGAACCAUUUAGUACGACUGAAGCUGUGAUGCCCUCUCCUCAAGAUUUGAGGCGAAAAAUUAUAUUAAAACAUAAAAAAUUACCAGACAAUGCAGAUAGCGUAGAGUGGAAUGUCCCACAGAAUAACGAAGAUACGAGUGUGUUUGACUCUGACUUGAGUAACUCUAUAAAGAAUGGCAUUAUGUACUUGGAAGAUCCAGUAGAUAAGGACUGGAGACCACAUUACUUUGUAUUGACGUCCACCAAGAUGUAUUACACAGAAGAGACCCCUUCUACUACACAAACUGAGGAAGAAGAAGAGGAAGAAGAGGAAAAAGAAGAAGAAUCAAAUAAUGUCACACCUGAAGGCCCAGUCAACAAUGAGCUACAUUUUAGUGAACGCUGGUUUCAUGGGAAGUUAGCGGGUGGACGGAGAGGCGCUGAUCGCGUUCUCCAAGAUCAUUGCCAUAUGGGAGACGGCACAUUUUUAGUACGGGAAAGUGAAACUUUUGUUGGUGACUAUUCGUUGAGUUUUUGGGGGUCCAAUGCACGUCCAUUCGCAGAAUCCUUAUUGAAGGAUAUUUGGGGCCCACGCUUAGGGGACGGGACAUUCUUAGUGCGACAUAGUCGUGAAUUUGUGGGUGACUUUACCCUUUCAUUUUGGCGUCAAAACAAAGUGAACCACUGUAGGAUCAGAUCCCGACAAGAAUUGGGACAGACGAAGUAUUACCUGAUUGAAAACACGUCCUUCGACAGUUUAUAUAGUUUAAUUUGCCAUUAUCGGCAGAAUCCGUUACGGAGCCAAGAGUUUAGAAUCGUCUUAAAAGAGCCAGUCCCUCAACCACAAAGUCAUGAAGGGAAACCGUGGUACCAUGAAGACUUGAGUAAUCGUGGCGCAGCCGAAAACAUGUUGAGCAGAAUUCCUUACAAUGGGGCUUUCCUGAUACGUAAACGUCUCGACAGAAAUCCGUCAGAUAGCACACAGUAUGCUAUAUCAUUCAGGGCUGAAGGAAAAAUUAAGCAUUGUCGGAUAAAACAAGAUGGCCGCCUGUUUAUAAUUGGGAGUGCACAGUUUGAGAGUCUCAACGAGCUAGUGGAAUAUUACGAGAAACACCCUCUUUAUCGAAAGAUGAAACUAAAGUAUCCGGUCAAUGAAACUCUGGUUGAAAAAAUCGGAACUGAUCCUGAUGCAGAUGCAAUUUAUAGCGAUGGGAUGUAUGCGGAUCCUAAUGAUUUCACAUCAAAGAUCAAGGUUCGAGCACUGUAUGAUUAUAAGGCUCAGCGUGAAGAUGAGUUGUCUUUUUGUAAACAUGCUGUUAUAAUAAACAUAAACAAACAAGAUGGUGGCUGGUGGCGUGGUGACUAUGGUGGCAGGAAGCAGCAUUGGUUUCCUAGCAACUAUGUGGAAGAGUUCGAACAAGAUGAUGACUCAGCAGAUUCUACACCUCUUGGUAACCUGCAGAAAGGGACGAUGGAUGUCACUGGAUGCAUUGUGGAUGUCCUUAAUGGCAGAGGAGGCCGGAACUACAUUUUCCGAAUUGUCAAUCCAACUGAUAAUUCUCGACUGGAAAUAGCUGCGUCAUCUGAUGACGACAUGUUUGAAUGGGUGAAGAAUAUACGAGAGUGCGCUAACAUAGCAGAAGCAAGGAGGAUGGAAGGAAGGAAAAUUGAACGAAACUUGCGAAUAGCCCGAGAAUUCUCAGACUUGAUCGUGUAUUGUCGUAGCGUCCCUUUCAACCCAGAUAAGUAUCCAGGGAAACAUAAUGAGAUGUCAUCUUUCCCAGAAACCAAGGUUGAACGCUGGGUCACUAAAGCCAAAGGAAAAACACUAGUGCAAUAUAACCGCUACCAGUUCAGUAGAGUUUAUCCGAAGGGCCAGCGGAUCGAUUCUUCAAAUUACGACCCCGUGGCAAUCUGGAAUUGUGGGUCUCAACUUCUUGCUUUGAACUAUCAAACACCUGACAAGCCAAUGCAGAUUAACGAAGGUCGGUUCAUCCAAAAUGGCAGAUCUGGUUAUAUUCUGAAACCAGAGUUUCUGAGACGCGAAGGGUUUGACCCGUUUGAUAAAAAUUCCUUGGAUGGCGAUGUUGAACCAGUCACAGUAUCUCUAACUAUAAUUGGAGUGCGCCACCUAAUCAAACAAGGCAGAGGUAUUGCUAGUCCAUUUGUUGAGGUUGAGGUCUUGGGUGCAGACUAUGAUUGUAAUAACAAGUACAAGACAGGAACUAGAGUUGACAAUGGAUUCAACCCUGUAUGGAACGAGACCUGUGAAUUUGACAUUUUGAAUCCUCCUCUUGCUUUAAUAAGAUUCUCAGUCCAAGACGAAGAUAUGUUUGGUGAUCCCAACUUCCUCGGCCAGGCGACGUACCCCCUAACAUCCCUGCGGACUGGGUAUCGUUCAAUUGCUCUCAAGAAUGGUCACAGCGAAGAGCUGGAAUUAGCAUCCUUGCUUGUACAUUUGGAAAUGAGGAAUCCAAAGGAAAGUGAAGAUUUCGACAUAUAUGCAGACGUCCAAGAGCUACGUGACGAGUCACGCGAGCUGGCCUACCAGAUAUCAGAGAGGGAGCGACUUGGGGACAGAACAACAGCGGAACAGCUUAAACGGCAGUUGAACGAAAAAGAGCAAAUAUUAUUAGAUAAAAAUGAAGAAAGAAGGCGAAGGAACCAAGGACGUCAUGUUGUCGGUACGGGUGCUGAGGCUGUUGGUUGGGCUCGGGGGAAUGUCAUGAAUGGAAAACGAUAACUGCCUUUCUCCAUGUUGUAUCUAAAAUUUAAUAAUCAUAAACGUUGGUGUCACUGAAAUUAAUUAUGAUGUCACUGAAAUUCAGUGAAUUGAUGUCAGCUAAACCUUGAUGUCAUUUGAGUUCAGUGAAGGCGUGAAUUUGUAUUUUAAGAUUUGAUUUUGAGAAAGUCAUUUCAAGGAUUUCAUGUGUGAAUUUUUUUGAGUGAAUGUGUAAAAUGUUUUAGUCUGUUGAGCUCAUCAUGGAGAUAUGACUCAUAUAUAUAAAGACAUGACUAUAUGAAAACGUGACUAUAUAAAAACGUGACUAUAUAAAAACAUGACUUUACAUGUACAUAUCACUUCACAUGUAGAUAUGACUCAAACAGUGUCACAAAUUUGUAGUUGUAAAUAAGUCUGAUCGCAGAGGAUCGAGCCAAACAAUUUUUCAACUUGUUGUAUAUAGACUUACCAUUGUUGAGCAACAGUGUUUGCAUGGAGAUAAUCAACUUGUAUUUGGAAUGAGCAAAAGUGUCUUCCUUGCAGUAGGGACCCGCCAUCUUGGAAUUGUAAUUUUUGUCACUUAUCUGAAGGCAACUUGUGACUCAAAAGUAGUCACAGUUGAAUCGUUUCCU